UCUUCCUGCAAGGAAAUGAAAAGUAGCGUUCCAAAUGAAGUGGGAGGUUAUGGUAAACUCGCCACGCGACUUCAGGAAGCCAAUAUCAACAUCAUCAGCAACAGCAAGUGUAAUUCUGAGAAGUUCUGGGGCGGGAUAGUUAAAACUACCAGUCUCUGUGCCUUCUAUAACAACACGGCUGCUUGUGAAGGCGAUUCUGGCGGUCCUCUCGUAUGUAAGAGGAAAGGUUCAUUUGUCCUCCUGGGCACGACGUCGUGGGGGGCCGUGUCCUGUCAGAGAUACCCAACAGUCUUCACAAAAGUCGCCAUCUUUCGACGCUGGAUUUUAAGCCGAAUCCAAGAGAAGAGAAAACUUGGACAGUUAUCUGAGGCGAAUAAGGAACUUGGUGAAAAUAUGGCAGAAAACCAGAAACACUCCAAAUGACAACAUGGCGAAUCUGGAUACAGUGGAACGUCGCCGAAACAAAUCGUCACAACAUAAACAUACAGAACGUGUUUUUUUUCGGGUUAUAAGUCAAUAAUGUGAGAAUUUUCUGCUUGUGAGUCGGAACGAUCGAGUAUAUCAUAAACCGUUCUUAUGUUCAAAGUAAAACGGUUUCUGAUGAUACGAGCAUCACAUUUUUAGAAAUUCACCAUCGUAUUUGCAAGUUUGAAACUUAACUCCAGCAAUCUGGGAGUUUCAUCAAAUAUAUACAUAUAGGGAU